AGAUUUCUGUCGCUCAGAAAGGGUAGAUUUUCAAUGUAAAAAUCACUUUUCCCACGGAUCUGAUCGUGUAUGCAGCUGCUUUUUUUCGACUGGUUCAGUUUCUGCGGGGAAUAAAUCUUACCAGCAUGUCUAAUGCUAGUUAUAAUGCAGAAUUUCAACAGACACAGUCACAGUCACAGCCACAGGCAAGACAGACGGCGCAGAGCUUCAUUCCUGGUGGUUCCGCUACUGUUAGCGAUGUUCUGGAUAUGCUUGGAUACAAGAUGUCGACUACCCUGCAGGAAAGAAUCGAUAAAUCUACGAAGAAAAUAUCAAGUCUCAAUGAUGGUGCUAAGAUGGAGUUGGACAAUCUAGAAAAGAACUCAAAGAGAGAACAGUUGAAGAAGAUUCUGGAAAUUCCCCUUCCUCUGCGACGAGAAAAAAAAAGCCACAAGCAUCAUAUUCCAGGAGAAACCAACAAUCAUCAUAUUCCAGGAGAAAGAGGCAGAUAUAGACGGAAAAAUGAACUUAGAAAAGCUGAACAUGCGAGACGGAAUACAUUGAGGAAACUAGCUAACAAGUUGAGUGGUGCGAUUGUGGAACCAGACACCUCGAAGGCAUCCCUGAAAAAGCGCCUCGGAUCAGCUCUCAACUGCAUCAAGAGCUUGAAGUUUGACAGCAGCAUGCUGCUGGCAGAGAGGUACUGGCUCAUACUGGAGAACAGAGAGCUGUCGGAGCGCCUCCAGGUUCUUCGAGAUGGCUGCGGGAUCCACUCCAUACCCAGGUUGUGGGAGGAUGGGCUGACGAUUGAGCACCUCCAUUGUGCCCAAUGGGACGAGGUCACAGAUGUUAAGAGUAAUCACCAGAUGGAUGUAUAUGAACGUGAGAAGUACUUUGAGCAUUGUCUUGAGGAUGUACGGAAACAGAAGAUGCAGCUGCACGAAGAGUACAAGAGCCUGGAUGAUGCGGUCCGAGGCAAGAUGGAGAUUGGAAGGUGGUGCACGAGUUGGGUUUGUGCGGCGGCUCCUCAUAAGAUCCAUCAUGAAGCCUCGCUGGAGGGCAGUGUCUCAUUGCGGACACCUCCUCUGAGCCUGGAGGAAGAAGACAGAUAUGAGGAAGGAGGAUGGCUGGAGGACACGUCCAAGACAGAGCUGGAUCACAACAAGCAUCCAGGGAAGCAUUCUGUUACUCCGGACAAAUCAAGGACAGCGCCAAAAAGAAAAACAAAUGACUUUCCAGCUGGAAAGGAGAAGAAAAGUGAAAAGCGUAGUAAACGCAAGAAAGGAUCUGGUGCCAAGAAAAAGGUCAAAGGAGUCUACAUACUUCCCAAAGUUCCUGUAGAUCCAAAGUUUAUUGUGACUAAGGACACUGGCAAUAGUUUCAGUGCGGACGGGUCAAAUUUAUUUGGUGGUGCGAAUGGAAAGCUAAGUAAACAUGACUCAGUGGACCCGUCACUUUCCAAUACAAAAUUGAUAGUGAUUGAUCUUUGGAAUAUGCAGGGAGAGACGCAAAAGGUUGUUGUUCCAAGUUCUCAUUCCCAAGUGAAUUUGGUAUUGGUACCUGGAUCUACCAGUGCUCAGGCUCCGGUGACCAAUGUCCAACCACUGGUUGUUCCUGACUCCUUAGAAACUACAGAUGUUGAUCCCAGCACGGGAAAUGGACAAGUGAGUUUCAAAUUGGUACCUGCAUCUCCAAGUGCCAGGCUAAGUCAUCCUACGGUGAUGAAAGCCAAACCGCAGGGUGCUCUUGGAUCAAUAAACGCAUCGGGUCUGGAUCCCAGCAAAGUACCUGUAGCUUCCAGUGUAGGGCAUAGCCAGUCUAAGGUGAUGAAAGCCAAACCGAAGGGUGCUCGUGGAUCGAUAAACGCAUUGGGUCUGGAUCCUGUAGCUUCCAGUGUAGGGCAUAGCCAGCCUAGGGUGACGAAAGACCAAUUUCGGGCUGCUCAUGGAUACCCGGGCGUAUUGGGUCUGGAACCCAGCAAAGUGCCUGUAACUUCCAGUGUAGGGCAUAGCCAGCCUACGGUGAAAAAAGACCCAUUUCUGGCUGCCCAUGGAUCCUUAGGCGUAUUGGGUCUGGAACCCAGCAAAGUGCCUGUAACUUACAGUGUAGGGCAUAGCCAUCCUACGAUGACAAAAGACCAAUUUCUGGCUGCUCAUGGUUCCUUAGGCGUAUUGGGUUUGGAUCACAGCAAAGUACCUGUAACUUCCAGUGUAGGUCAGAACCAGCCUAUGGUGAUGAAAGACCAAUUUCUGGCUACUCAUGGAUCCUUAGGCGUAUUGGGUCUGGAUCCCAGCAAAGUGCCUGAAGCUUCCAGUGUAGGGCAUAGCCAGCCUAUGGUGAUGAAAGACCAAUUUCUGGCUACUCAUGGAUCCUUAGGCGUAUUGGGUCUGGAUCCCAGCAAAGUACCUGUAACUUCCAGUGUAGGUCAGAACCAGCCUAUGGUGAUGAAAGACCAAUUUCGGACUACUUGUGGACCCCUAGGCAUGUUGGGUCUGGCUCCCAGCAAAGGAAAUGGACAAGCAGAUGUCAUGACAGUAUCCGCACAAGCCAAAGUUGCCCAGAGCAAACCUGAGGUGACCACAAGCCAACAGAAGGCUCCUGGUUCUGUAAGCUUAGUGAAGCUAGAUUCUAAAAAUGUAAUUUCGGAGAGGAUCAAAGAAGUUCCUGUACCAACUGGUGACAGGGUUAGCCAACCUACAGGGACCAAAGAUAAAUAUCAAGUUGCUGGUGGAUCUGUUAGCAUAGGGAAUCUGUCUUUCAAAAUAAAAAAGGUAACGGCAGAUGUCAAAGCGUUACCCGCCCAUCAGCACGGUGUCGAGCUUGGCAAGCAUACUGUGAUCAAGGUCACGCAUCCGUUCCUCUCUGAAUUCAAAGUGGCACCUGAACAUGCCAAUGUCGGACACAGCCAACCUUUCAUGACUCCAGGAACACAUCGGGUCAACCCUGGAUCCAUAGGCGCAACGGCAGAAGCUGAAGCAGACGUGACUGAGGAAGCGGAAAGAUGCGGUAGCCCAAUGUCUUGCAUGCUGUGUGACAAACCAUUCAAUAACGUGAAGGAACUGCAGACACAUCUCAUCGACAGCCAUUCAAGCUAGCACAGAAUGCAGAACUCUGGAGGAAUAUCAAUAAGAUGUGGUCAAGAACAUUUCAAGACCUACUAGCUUGCUGCGUUGGUCAUUUCUCUCUAUACUAUCACAGUGCAAUAAGAGUGUCUUUGGGGUUGGGUAUUCAUCGACAUUUAUCAUAUUGUGACAACCUAUAAACCUAGUUUGCUUUUACCAGUUGUAAGUCUCAAUGCAUUACUCAGCCUAUUUAUUGAGUUUUAAAAUCAAAUGAAAUUCUAGAAAAGUGAGAGAUGAUUACUGCAGGCCCAAAACAUAUUAUUUAGAGGGUAGUUAUAUUUGAUCAGUAAAGGCUUCCCCUUCGCAAUGAUAUGACUUUUG